AGGGGCCUUUAUCUGGAGCCCUGAGGGACACCUCCGAACACUUUUACGUCUCCGACUCUAGCUACGUCUGCCGAGGCGGAAAGAUGAGACCGUUGACGCUUUCUCUUCUCCUGGCGUCCUGCGUCCUGAGCUCACUGAGCGUAAAGGUUACGGACAGCGGGUUCACAUUUUCACUGCAAGCGGUGAAGAUUCUGAAGAACCUGAUGGAAGGUUCUGGAAGCAGUGACCCUCAUCUCACUCACAGCACUCCAGUGCCCCUCUGUGCCAACCCGGAAUUGCCGAAUGAGUUCCAGGAAGUGUGCCAAGCAGAUGAUCGUGACAAGAUCUUUUCAAAUCUAGUCAAAAUCAUCACUCCUCCAGACCCCUGUGAGAUUUGUGCCAACGCCGCCUGCACCGGAUGCGUCUUCCACAACAUUUAACUCGCCCCUCCGGCCCAUCAUGCAUGGCCUCCUCUGGUCUAACAAGCUACCGCUUUGAUAUGAGAAUCUACUGCCACCUAGUGCUUUUGAAAGACACUGCAGCAAAUGAAAAGCAGGAAUUUCUAGGAUUUGUUUCCAGUCAUUUUUCAUAUUCCACAUCAUGAGUUGUUCUAUUUCCUGUCUUAUGAGUAUGAACUCUUUUUCACAGCUGCCUGAUGUGAAUAAAGAUUCAAAACAGGAAGAAUCAAAA